ACUCCACAAAACCUUGUGGAGGGUCCCUGUUUGCUGUCCUCUGCGCUAGGCCUGAGAGUCCGGCCUAGCGUGGACGGAGCACGGUGACUGAACUGUGAACGGAGGGUGCGGGAGGGUUAAGGUCGAUGGUGAGAGAUACAGAGUAGGCUUUUUCUGCCUUUUUUAUUUCACAUGCACCGUGUCUGAAAUGUACUCGUACUUGGGGAGGGUACUUAAGGUUUGUACAGAAACGCCAUCUGCUCAAGAGUUAACUAAUUGUUCUCUCCUUUCUCUGGCUGUUGGACGCGCACCUUUCCGGAGGAUGGGGGAGGUAACCAAGGCUGCUCUUUGGCGUAAAUUGCAAUCGAUUAGGGAUCGGUUCUCAGACUCAAAUUAGAAGUGAGAUUUCAGAUAAGUGAGGCCGCCAUUGCUGCUUUGAACACCUCAGAAUGGAUUUAUCAGGAGUGAAAAAGAAGAGCUUGCUAGGAGUCAAAGAAAAUAAUAAAAAGUCCAGCACUAGGGCUCCUUCUCCUACCAAACGCAAGGACCGAUCUGAUGAGAAGUCCAAGGAUCGCUCUAAAGACAAGGGGGCUAACAAGGAAUCUAAUGAGAAGGACCGUGGCAGGGAUAAGACCCGGAAGAGGCGCAGUGCUUCCAGUGGAAGCAGCAGCACCAGAUCUCGGUCCAGCUCAACUUCAAGUUCAGGCUCUAGUACCAGCACAGGCUCAAGCAGUGGCUCCAGUUCCUCUUCAGCAUCCAGCCGUUCUGGAAGCUCCAGUACAUCCCGCAGCUCUAGUUCCAGCAGCUCUUCUGGCUCCCCAAGCCCUUCACGGCGUAGACACGACAACAGACGGCGCUCUCGCUCCAAAUCUAAACCACCUAAAAGAGAUGAAAAGGAGAGAAAAAGGCGAAGCCCUUCCCCUAAACCCACUAAAGUGCACAUCGGGAGGCUUACCAGGAAUGUGACUAAGGAUCACAUCAUGGAGAUAUUUUCCACCUAUGGGAAGAUUAAAAUGAUUGACAUGCCUGUAGAAAGGAUGCAUCCUCACCUAUCCAAAGGCUAUGCAUAUGUGGAGUUUGAGAAUCCAGAUGAAGCUGAGAAAGCACUGAAGCACAUGGAUGGAGGACAAAUCGAUGGUCAGGAGAUCACUGCUACUGCUGUGCUGGCCCCCUGGCCUAGGCCACCACCCCGGCGAUUCAGCCCUCCCAGGAGAAUGCUCCCACCACCUCCCAUGUGGCGUAGGUCACCUCCACGGAUGAGAAGAAGGUCACGCUCCCCAAGACGCAGGUCCCCUGUACGCAGGCGGUCCCGUUCUCCUGGCCGCCGCCGCCAUAGGAGCCGCUCUAGCUCCAAUUCUUCCCGAUAAGCAAGACUGCCGAAGCUCGCUCUUGUAACUUAUGUCCCACUCACUCAGUUUUGUCACUUCUCUAGCAUAAUGAGGAGCAGUAGAAGAGGAUCCUUGAUCAGGCUGGCUUCAAAGGGACUUGUUCUUCAGGCAGGUUCUGGCUGCAGAAGUGCUCUUGGUCCAGGGCUGUGCCCAUAAAGGCGCCCUGCACUUUUCAGUCUAGGAAGCUCACCAUUCACAUCUCAUGAGUCUGUUCAGCGGCAGCGUCUGUAGGAAUGAGCAAGCCUUCAAGUGGCGUGGCAGGAUACACCAGCCCUUCCAGACGACUUGGGGACCAUCUGGCGAUCUGCUCAUACCUUGGGGACCAACCCAUCAUUCCCAUUAGGCCUGGCCCUUUGAUCUCUGCCUGAGUCCUCUUCCAGCUUCUAGGAUCAAACACCCUAGAAAGACUUCCCCCC